AUGGAGAACCACCCUCUCCACAGCGCCUCAAAUGCCCAGCCAGGCCCUUCCGAGCCUCGGCGUCCCGGGUUUGAGACAUUUUUGCGGCGCUAUGAGAAGACUGUGCAAAAAGAUGCCGGCUAUGCGGAUAUGGAGCUGGGUUCGUGGCUACUAACUAAUACUGAUAUCGAUUCGCCCAUUCAACCGCUACUCAAAAACUCCUUAUGGCACAGCGCAGCUAUAUUAGCUUCAAGGAAGGAAUCGUCGCAGAAAGAGUAUAUUACGUUUAUCACGCAGCACACGUUCAGCCGUAUGGGGGAAUUAUCGCAAGAUGAGAUGGCGAAGAUCGUUGACUUUCUGCUCUCGGUCAAUUGGCUGUCCUUGGAGAAGAAGGCCUUCAAUUCGGCAUUGAUAUAUCUGGCUAUAUGUGCAAAAUCGCCUCCUCGGCACAUGGACUGCAUCCGGCUGUCACAGCAGAUGAGCGGGGAACAAGGCCAGCUACUUUUCUUCAUGUCGGCCAUCUAUCUGCUCUCCCCGAGAGGCAUUGGAGCGCACUUGCCAAAAUGCACGCCACGGCCGUGCAGCGGCAGCUCCAACUGGAGCAUUUUUGUCGAUGAGGGCGGCAGGAUGAGCGUUUCCGGCAAUAUGCAGACGAGUCACCGGGCCAGCACUUUGGAGACCAAUGGUACCCUAAAACGGCCAGCCGACGACAGCAAACGGGAAGAGCGCCAAAAAUCUCCGCCGCCGCUUCCGUAUCGGCACAUUCAGCUGGAUGAGGGGAAACCGUAUUCGGUGAACUGCGGCGCCGAGCACUGUAUAAUUUUGUCGACUGAACGGAAGGUCUACGCUUUCGGGUAUAAUAAAUACGGGCAGUGUGGUACAGGAGACGAUGUGGGAUCAGAGCAGCCACGAGAAAUUGUCGGCGACUGGUCAGAUAUUAUUGCCAUCUCGUCCGGUCAAUUUCACUCGGGCCUUAUCCGAGCGGAUGGCUCAGUUUAUACCUGGGGUUGGGGCAUGUACGGACAACUUGGGCUUGGGAGAAGGCGAGGCGGAGAGGAUGCGUAUGUGCCGACACGAGUCCCGGAUCUUCCCGAGCCAAUGCAACAGAUCGAAUGCGGCCGUGUCCAUACGGUGCUGCUCGGCCGCUCUGGGGCAAUUUACGUGACCGGUGGUGGAACGUAUGGCCAACUAGGCAUCCCGCGAGAAAUCAGGAAACGGUUUAGCUUUCAGAAGCUAGCAUUAGUACCGGGCCAAAAAGAGCAGCCUCGUCGGGUUGUCGCCAUCGCCACGCAUUUCUACCAUACAGUUGCGCUUACGGACACCAACGAACUGUACGAGUGGGGCAGAAAUCCGCACGAUUUGAAGAUGAAAAUGUUUGUGCUGAAACGACUGCGCAACGCCCAAGCAAAGGCCGGCGAGGCAAAGCGUGUCCCGCCCGAGCACGUCGACGUCCCGAAGGAUUAUUUUGGGGUGUCGAGGGUCAAUCACAGCGUCGGCGAGCCGAUUGUGUCUCUCGCGACGGGCCUCUCCCACGCAGCGCUAUUGACGAAAAGUGGCCGUAUUUUUACGUGGGGGAAGGCGCUCGACCACCAGCUUGGGCACGGCUCGAAGGUGGAGAAGCAUGAGCCACAUCUCCUCGAGGCCGGCCCCCCAAAUCUUCGAUGGGCGUCGGUGUUUUGUGGCGGCCACUACACGAUGGCGGUCACCACCGACGGCAAGCUGUACACCUGGGGCCGCAACGAUUUUGGGCAAUGCGGGAUUGUCAGCGACAAGCCGCCAACCACUCCGCGAAAGUUCACCUUCAAAUCGAAGGGCGACGUGAAGAGGUGCGUGCAACUUCCUGACGAAAGCGCCUACGUCGCGCGGCCACAGAAUGUGCCGAAUAUCACAAUUGAAUUGCCCGUCGCUAGAGAAGCCAUCGCUGAGCUGCUGACGCCCGCCGAGGUUCUGGACCGAAUUCGCUCAAGCCCAGUGCAGCUGCUGGAAGCUACCAGUUCUUCUAUCAAACGAGCGUACCCCUCUCUACCCUCCAUACCAGCUGCCUUCGUGCACUACAUGAGUGGACAGCUCGAGCGCUCCAUAGCCACGCUUCGGCUGGUCCUCGACGAGCGUGGGCCUGGGGCAAAGAAAGACACCGACGUCCUCACCCUGACGCGGCUGAUUUGGGAAGGGCUGCUCGGCGGUGAUGGUCCGUCUCGAUCGCUGCUCAAAACGGCGCUGCUCACCCUGCCCCAACCCGUCGAUGAUGCGUUGGUGAAGCGGAUACGACAAGUCUGGCCAGAAGUCUGGGAUUGUCCAGAGACCCAAGCCGGUUUAUCUGGGCCCGAAAAGGCGUCAAUGUUGGCAAAAUGGGCGCCGGGAUCGGUGUCGCCGAAUCGGAUUUUGAUCCCCGGCGAUCGAGUUUCGCCAAAAAUGCCGAAAAUUCGUGUGUGGGCCUCGUGUGGGCACGCCGAGCCACCGUCUGACGCCAGCCACUGCGGCGAGUGCAUACGCGAGUGGCUGGAGACGGUGCGCGACGGGACCAGCCAUCAGCCGUGUCCACCU